AUGUUUGAGUAUGACAUCAGCAGCGGUGGUCAGCCAGGUGGUGGAGGGGAGUAUGAAGUUCAGGAGGGCCUUGGCUGGACCAGUGGAGUGGUCCUGAUGCUCCUGGACCGCUAUGGUGACCGGCUGAGCUCGGGACCCAGACAGCUUUCCUGGAGACCCCUGCCUCACGGCUACCCUUCUGCUCAGCCUCCUGCCACAAGAUUGCCCUCAGUUGGUCAGAGUGCAGUAGCCAUCCAGACGAGAUACUGUCUGUCCGCCUUCGCACAGCCGUCGGCGGCCAAGCAGCUUUCUGUUGGUCGUGGGGAGCCGCCACAGGGCUCCUCCCGCGACUCCUCGGGAGCCUCCCGCCACCUGCCCGGGCGCCAGAUUUACUGCCACGGGGAGCUCCUACACCAAAUGCAGAUGGCCAAGCUCUACCGGGAUGACCAGCAGUUUGUGGACAUGCCACUGUCCUCGGCUCCAGGUGAGGUUCUGCAGCGCUUUGGUGAGCUGGCCGCCGCCCACAACCCAAGCACCCCCCAGCAGCUGCAGGCUUUCGUGCAAGAGCACUACCAGGCCGUGGGGCAGGAGCUGCAGUCCUGGACUCCUGAGGACUGGAAGGACAGGUCAGCGUUCUUCCAGUCCCGGUUCCUGCAGAAGAUCUCAGACCCCAAGCUGCGAGCCUGGGCAGGGCAGCUCCACCAGCUCUGGAAGAAACUGGGAAAGAAGGUGAGGCCAGAGGUCCUCAGCCAGCCGGGGCAGUUCUCUCUGAUCUACUCGGCACACCCCUUCAGCGUGCCUGGCGGGCGCCUGGUGGAGUUCUACUGCUGGGACUCCUACUGGGUGAUGGAGGGGCUGCUCCUCUCUGAGAUGCCCGGGAUGGUGAAGGGCAUGCUGCACAACUUCCUGGACCUGGUGCAGAUCUACAGACAGGUCCCCAACGCGCGCGUGUAUUACCUGCAGCCGAGCCAGCCCCCCCUCCUGACUCUCACGAUGGACCGCUACGUGACCCACACCGACACCGCCUUCCUCCGGGACAACAUCGGGAGCCUAGCCUUGGAAUUGGACUUCUGGAUGGAGAACAGGACCAUCUCUGUGAGCUCGGGAGGGGGGGGCGAGUGCUACGUUCUGAAUCACUAUGCUGUCCCUUAUGGGGGACCCAGGCCAGAGUCUUACAGCAAAGAUGCUGAGCUGGCAGACACGUUGCCAGAAGGGGACCAGGAGGCUCUGUGGGCUGAGCUCAAGGCUGGGGCUGAGUCUGGGUGGGACUUCUCUUCAUGGUGGCUUGUCGGAGGCCCAGACCCUACAUCGCUCAGCAGCAUCCGCACCAGCAAAUUCGUGCCUGUUGACCUCAAUGCCUUCCUGUGCCAGGCAGAGGAGCUGAUGAGCAACUUCUACUCCAGACUGGGGAACGACAUCCAAGCCACAAAGUACAGAAAUCUGUCGCAACAGCGCUUGGUUGCCAUGAGAGCCAUCCUGUGGGAUGAAGAGAAAGGGGCCUGGUUUGACUAUGACCUUGAGAACGGAAAGAAGAACCUAGAGUUUUACCCAUCCAACCUCACUCCUCUCUUCUGUUUCUCUGACCCAGACGCUGUGGACAAGGCCCUAAAGUAUUUGGAGGACAGCCAGAUCUUGACCUACGAGUACGGGAUCCCGACCUCUCCCCAGAAAACAGGCCAGCAGUGGGGCUUGCCCAAUGCCUGGGUCCCCCUGCAGGACCUGGUCAUCAAAGGUCUGGCCAAGUCUCCUUCACCUCGGGCCCAGGAAGUGGCUUUCCAGCUGGCUCAGAAUUGGAUCCGAACCAACUUUGAGGUCUACUCCCAAAAGUCAGCCAUGUUUGAGUAUGACAUCAGCAGCGGUGGUCAGCCAGGUGGUGGAGGGGAGUAUGAAGUUCAGGAGGGCCUUGGCUGGACCAGUGGAGUGGUCCUGAUGUUCCUGGACCGCUAUGGUGACCGGCUGAGCUCAGGGACCCAGACAGCUUUCCUGGAGGCCCCUGCCUCACGGCUGCCCUUCUGCUCAGCCUCCUGCCACAGUAUGGGCCUCCCUGCCCCGUCUGCCUCAUUAAACUUCUGCGUGAGUCCCUACCUUCGCCUGCUUCUUCAUCUUCCAUCCCCCACCCCCAGCCAGUCCUUGGAGUGGGGGGGCCUGAGCUCAGACAUUCACAGGACCCGCUCCUUAGAACAGUACCAAGGCCUGUACAAGGGCUCUGGGAGCACUCGUGCGCGGCCUGGGGCCCAGGCUGCGGCUCUUCUCCAGGGGCCGAGCCGCGCAGCAGGCGGGCUGGCCUGA